GUAACGCCGAGUGAGGACCUUUGGGCCGAUUACUUUUGCGGGCGCCAAGUUUCACAAACUCUGUGCGCAAUUAGUAAGAUAUAUUAGCAGCGUUGGAGGCUGCUUAGCGGUGCGGUGGCGCGCCAGACUUGAAGGGCCAUCAGAAGCGCCACCCACGGUUUGGCUGGCGCAGGCCCAGCGAAGUCCAUUUUAUGCGGUGAAUGUAUACGUCACGUGAUGACCACAGCUUGCCCCAACACAACCCCGGGGCCUCCGCUGGACGGCAGCCCGCCCGCCAGCCAUCGUCGCACCCCUCCGCGGCUCGCGAGCGCCCAGCAGGCCAGGCACCGGCCCUGCAGCAUGAUGGCAUGCACGUGUGGCCACGCGGCGGCAACCGACCUCGCGACCCGCGCCCUCAGCAACACCCCACUUCCGUGCAGCCCCUGCUGGCGCCGACCAACCAGCCGCCGUCCUCGGGGCUGGGUGGGCCGCCGAGGCGCGCGGCGCUGCCAGAAGCCCAGCACCGCGCGCCGCAGCGUGUGAUGGCACCGCAGCAGCCCGGCAUGCAGCCGGCAAUGCCCGCGUGGCUGCGCCAGCGGACGCCGCAAGACCGCCCGCCGCGGCCGCAGUCGCAGUCGCAGCCGGCGGGCCGCCCCUGUGAGGAGUGCCUCGUGUCGCACCAGCAGCAGCUGGACGGCUCAGCGCGGCAGCUGCCUCACUACGUCCGCCCUGCUGGACCGGAUGCGGCAGCAGCGGGCCGCGACUGCAGCCAGCAGGUGCGCAGCGGCGCGUCAGACCCAGGAGGCGGAACUUGGCGCGGCGGCGGCGGCGGCGGCGGCGGCAGCGGCGGCAGGUCAGCAGGAGCAGCUCAUGUGGUGCGACACAAGGGCGACCCAGUCACGCAUUGUAACCCGCACCCGCAUGGUCAGCAGGAGCGGCACUCGGAGCGCUGGCCAGGACCCGGACCUAGGCCGGUGCGGCACUGGCCAGGCCCUGGUGCUGCCGCUACCGCUGCCGCUGGCGCUGCUGGUGCACCUGGGAGCCGAGGCGCCGAUGUCGCCAGGGACCCGUCAGGGCCGCGGCAGCGCAAACGGCUUGGCGGCGAGGCGGCCGGCGGCGCAGCGCGGCAGCCCCGGCAGAGGCGGCAGUCCGAUGACGAGGACACGGACACGUGCACUGCGCGGCAAAAGGACCCCGCGGGCGGCGCCGUGGCCCCCUCAGCGGCAGUCGUGAUGCGGGACACGGGCAAAUGCGUUCAGGCGGCGGCGCCAGCCGGGGCUGGCGGCGACACGUUCAGGGUGCCGCAGGCAAGGCCGCCCACCCCGCGCAGCGCUGCCCUGCCUCACAAUGCCGCAGCCGCUGGCGGCCCGCCCGCCCACAGCCGCCGCCCGCUCACAGCCUCCGCCGCAGGACCAAGUGCGCCACCGUCAUCGCCGGCAGCCGGGUCGGUGGCACUGGGCCGGCUGCAGGCGAGCGCGGUGCUGCCGGUGCGCGGUGGCGACCGCAUCUCCGUGCCGCCGUCCGCGCUGGCGGCGCUGUGGCCGCACCUGGUGGAGGCGGUGCUCAGCGCCCCCCAGCCCCUGCAGCUGUAUGCAGACAUGCGCAGCCCACCUGCCGCCGCCGCCGCCGCGGCCGCGGCCGAGGCCGCUGCUGCUUCCACCCAUGCGCGCAGUGCCGCUGCCCCAGCGCCGGCCGGCGCUGCUGGCGGCGGCGCCGCCUCCUCGGGCAGCCCCGGCGGGCGGCUGCGGCUGCACCGGGGGCUGCAGCUGGUGCACAGGCCGGGUGGCGGCUGCUGGAUGGAGGGGCAGCGGGCGGGACAGCAGGUGGCGGCGCUGCUGGGGGAGCUGGGGUUGCGGCGGGACGGCGGAGGAGGCGGCGGCAGCGGCUUGGUGCGGGUGGCGGCGCACCGGCUGGUGCGGCAGGUGGCGGGUGGCGGCAGCACAGCGGGGCUGGUGUACGUGGCGUCUCGGGUCGGGGACGGCAGCGGCGGUGGCAUGGCGGAGGACGUGGAUGCGUCUAGGACGCCCGAGAGCGCGGCUGUGGCCGAGAGCGAGGACCAAGAUGAGGAUGAGGAUGAGGACUUCGCGACGCGCAGGCGCAGGAAGGGGGACGAGGGGGAGGAGACGCGGGAGCGGCGUGCCGCCCGGUGUAGCGGAGGUCGCGCCGCAAGCGCGCCCGUACUCAGAUACGCUGAUGCCAGCGGGAGCUGCAGUACCAGCAGCGAUGACCGUGGCAGUGGCAGUAGCAGCAGUGAAGACGAGGGGUACACAAGUUGCAGCAGCAGCGCCGGCAGCAGCAGCAGCAGCAGCAGCGACGGCUCGGAGGAGGAGGAUGACUCGCAGGAGGUGGAGCGGGAGCUGGGCAGCGCCGUGGCGUGGCUACUGGCGGGCCAGCAGGAGGGAACUGCGGGUGUGACUGCGGCUGUGUGUGCAGGAACAGCGGGGGCACCAGCUGCCUGCGGCGCCGAGCACGUGCACGAGGCGGGCGGAGAAGGGCCGCCGGCCGCCCGCCGGCGUCUGCCUCCCUGGCUGGUGCUGAGUGCCUCGGACAUCAGCAAGGGCAGUCUGGCGGUGCCGCGGCGGGCAGGGCAGUUGCUGUUCGGCGGCAUACGGCGACAGCGCUGUCGGGGCGGUAGCAGCAAGAGCCACCCCGCAGCAGCAGGCUGGGCAGCAGCAGGCGCCGCUGGGAGUGGCGGCGGCGGGAUUGUGACGACGACGGCGGCUGCAGCGGGGGUGGCUGGAGCGGCUGAGGAGGAUAGGGUGCUGCAGGAGGCGGCGGCGCGGCUGGUGCGGCGGCGGUGUCGGUGGAUCACCCGGGAUGGUAUGUCGUACGGCGGGGGCUGGUCGGUGGUGGAGCUGCUACUGCCGGUCACGGCACCAGAUGCUACAGUCGCCGCCGCUGCUAUUGAAGGCACCGAGGCCAUGGCCAGCAGCACAGACGGCGGCUCGGCGUCUCACCAGCAGCAAGAGCAGCAGCAGCAGCAGCCGCCACGGCUGUGGGCACGGCAGCAGGUGCUGCUGCGCUGGUGGCGGGGCCGCAGCCACGGCCACGUCACCCGGUGGACCCUCAACACCGGCAUCGCACAGACCUACGCCGCCCUGGGCGCGGAGGAGGAGCACGCACUGCAGCUGGUGCCGCUGCUACAGCCACAGCUGCCGCAGGCUGCUGCUGGCAGUAGCGCCGCACCGGCAGCAGCAGCGGCUGCGGGAGUUGUGGGGGCGGCGACGGAGGCAGCAGCGGUGGCGGCAGUUGCGGCUGUGGGACCCAUCCGGCGCUUCAUGGUGCGUUACUGGCGGCCGCCGCCCGGGCACGACGGGCACGGCAACCCAAUACGGUUACGACAGCGCGCGGCCAAUUUAGAUACGGGGACCGGGUCCGGGUCGGGUUCUGACAGCGACCAAGAGGCCGGCAGUGCCGAGGGCACUGCGGAUGCCACGGAGGAGGAAGACGAGCGAGAGGCUGAGCGCGGCACGGGGCCUGCAAGUCGAGCGGGCCUGCGGCGGCUGCGGCGGCAGGUCCAGAAGCAGCAGCAGGAGCAGCUGCGCCGCCGUCUGAAGCGCCGGCCGCAGCAGGACGAGGAUGAGGACGAGGAGGACGAGGAGGAGGAGGAGGACGAGCUGUCGCCGGGAGGACGUCAGGGGGUGGCCUGCGGGCGUGGCAGGCGGGGGUCUGGCCGGGUGGCCGCCAAGCGGCGCAGCCGACGGCGGCGUGACACAGAGGGUGCAGGUGUCAGCAGUGGCAGUGGCAGUGGCAGCAGCGGCAGUGGCAGUGGCGACAGUAGCAGCAGUGCGCCGGAGGACGAGGUGCACUGGGACGACAGUGACAGCGACGCCACUAGCGGCGGCGAGGAGGAGGACUACGUGGGUAUGGCUGCUCAUGCUGGAGGCGCCGACCGGGUUGGCGGCCGUGGCGACAGCGGUGGCCGAGGCGGCCUAUGCGAGGAGGUGGCAGUGGCCGCGGAGCACGGGUCUGGCCGGGGCGGCAGCAGCGCAGGCAAGAAGCGCGCUGCAGAAGACGAGGCCGCGGACAUGGGCGGCGCCGCCAGUCGCCAUGCGGCUGCGGAGGAGGGGGAGGGCAAUGAGCCGCUGUGGCAGCUGCAGCUCUCAGCUGGCAGGCCGAAACGAGGACGGCUGCUGAAGGAGGCGGCCAAGCCGGAGCCGAGGGGCUCACUGUGGCGGGGCCUUACGCCAGAGGCGGCGGAUGACCCGAGUGCCGCCGAAGCCAAGGGCGGCGCCGCCGCCCCACCAGCAGCGGCUGCAGCUGCAUGCACCGCCAGCUUCUCGCGGCCAUCGUGGGCGGCGCCGUCGCCGCCCCCCACCCCCCGCCCUGACUUGGGAUUGCAGCUGCCUGCCGCCGCCGCCCCCGCCGCCGCCGCCGCCGUACGCAUCAAAGCCCUCCAAGAUGGCGCGGAGGGCGGCCGCUUUGCGACGUCAGCGCAGGCCUCCAACCCGCCUCCUCCCCCUUCUCCACCUCUCAGCGCGCAGCCAGCCAAGCCCACGCACCUAGCUCAUGCCGAGUCGUCGGCCGCGGCCGGUCCGUUCGGCUGCAGCCCGCUGCUGCUGGACGGCCUGCCGCCGUGCGACCACCUGGCCGAGGAUGACCCCGCCGCCUGCCCUGCCAGCCGGGCGUCGUCGGCCUGCCUGCUGCUGCAACAGCCUGCCGACCUGCACAGCCUCCCCAGUGCCCCGACCCUAGUCCACCACGGCAGUGUCAGUGUCAGCGCCUGCAGUGGUAGUGGCAGUGGCAGCGGCAGCGGCAGCGGCAGCGGCCAGCACCUGCACGCACCGCUGCAUCAGGUGUGCGCAGUGCCUCUGGCCCAUCAUCAUCUGCAGCCCUCGGUUUCGGUCCCUUCGGCAGCGGCAACUGCGCCCUCCUCUGUGGCAGCAGCUGCAGCAGCUGCGCAGCCCCCAGCUGUGUCAGAGCCGCUACCGCAACAUGCAUCCAUCCCUUUGCUCAGCGAGCCGCCUCCCGCGCCCGCCGGCCAUCCGCUGCUGCCCGUCGGCGGUCUAGGGCCUUCCGACCUGGGCUGGCCAGCUGCGGGUGGCGUCACGCUGUGCGGCCUCACCUUCCACCCGGCCCUGGCGCCCGCCGUCGCGGCCGCCGCGGCGGCGGCGCAGGCGGCGGCAGCCGCCGUGGCGCAGCCCGCCACCCGGCAGAUGUCCCUGCCCGGCUUCAACUGGGAGGGGGCGCUGCUGCCGGGCGCUGACCCCGAUGUCCCCUGGCGGCGCGCCUUUGUCCGCCACGGGCUGCGGCUGACGCUCAUACGCAGCCACCUGGCCACGCUGCUGGGGCUGGCGGAGCAGCCCGAGGCGGCGCUGCCGCCCGAGGCCCCCAUGGCGCCGGGCCUGACGGUGCCCUGUGCCGACCCGCGGCGCGGCGGCGUGGGCUUGGCGGCGGCGGCGCCCAUCCGGCGCAGCUGCGUGCUGGGCGUGCUGGGCGGCUACGUGGCACCGCGCAAGGAGGCGGAGCGGCUGGCGGCGCUUGGGUUCAGGCAGCUUGGCGGCGCCGCGAGGGCGGAGCUGGCGGCGCGGAGCGAGGGCGGCGGCGGCGACGCUUUCGUGCCGUACUCGUGGCCGCUGUUGGUGGGCGCGUACCGCCUGCCAUACCCGGGCUGUACGACACGUGAGGAGUCGGCUGGGGGUAGAUGCGACGCCGGCGGCGGAGACGGCAGCGGCGGCGGCUGUAGCAGUGCUGCCGAGGAUGGCGGCAGCUGUAGCAGCUGGGAGCUCAACAUGCUCGGCUACGGCAACCUGGCGGCGCUGAUCAACGACCCCCGCGUGGAGCCGCGCGCCUGGGUGGAGGGCAAUGACGUGGAGGACGAGAGCGGCGUGGCGGAGAUGAACGCCAACGUGAUGGUGCUGCCGGUGUGUGUUCGCGGCCUGGUGCUGCCGGUGCUGGUGGCAACACGCAACAUCAAGCCCGGAGAGCAGCUGCUGCGGGACUACGGCGCGGCGUGGUGGCGUCAGCUGGGCGAGGCGUGGGCCGUGUGCGAGGAUGGCGGGCUGCGGGCGGACCAGCUGCUGCGCAGCGGGAUGCAGCAGGUCGCACUGGCGGUGCUGCAGCGGGCUCGCCCGCCCCGGGCUGCUGCAGCAGGGCCAUCGCCGGCGGGGGCACAGCCGCCACUGCCACAGCCACCAGUGGCGCCGGGUGGUCUGGCUGGUACCACCGCCGCUGUUGACGCUGCCGCCGCCGCUGCUGGUAAUGGUAGUGAAGCUGCAGCCACGGAUGUUGGGUCGCUGGCGCCAGUGCAGCAGCGGGAGCGCGUGAUAAAGCACGAGGGGCGGUCGCAGCCGGAGCAGGAGGAGCAGGCGCAGCCACAGCCAAAGCCAGACCAGGCGAAGCAAGAAGCGGAGGCACAGCAGCCAAAGGCGCAGCCGGAGCAGGAAGGGAAGGCGCAGCCUCAAGCAAAGCAGGACCAGGCGGAGACUGUGGCUACCCAGCGGCUCACAGAGCCAGCGCAACACACACAGCGGCCCCCGCAGGCACUCGCGCAGGCGCAGCAGGGAGUGCUGCUGCAGCCGUUGCCAGCCGUGCCGGCCCCCCCUGCGGAUGUGCAACAGCAGCCGCUGCAGCAUGCAGCGGUCGUGACUGAUGGCGGGCAAGGCAGCGGCGGCAGUAGCUGCGGUGGUGGCGGCAGCAGUAACAGCCGUAGCGAGAAGUUCAAUGCGCCGGUUGAGCAGCUGCCUCCGGAUGCUUCUGAGAAGCCUGGGUCGACUCGGGACCGCAGGCGGGUGUCCUGGACGGAGUUCGCGGCUCACAGUGCGCCUUCGCGUGCUGCGGCGGCGGCGGCUGAUGCUGCGGCGGCUGGUGCCACAGAGACCGGUGCCGCAGAGGCCGGUGCCGCGGAGGCCGGACCUGUUUCAGCCGACGCCAGCGCCCGCGGCAAUGCCGGCAUUGACAUCACUGGUGCCCGCGACCUGGAGCGCCGCGGCGGCAGCGCUGCAGCUCAGGGCGACACCGCUCAGGACGGCGGUCGAGCAGAAGCGCUCGAGGUGGACGACGGCGAUCGGAGGAGGAGCGAUGCAGGUGGCAGCAGUCCUGGCGGAGGCGGAGGCCGACGUCGGGACGCAGCAGCGUCCUUGCCGUCCUUUCCCCCGCCACCAGCCCUGCCACAGGCUCUGCCGCCACCGCCGCCUUGGCUGCCGUCGCUGGGACUGCCCAAAGAGCCGGAUUACGAUUCUCUGAACCCUUACGACAGCCCAGCAGUGACAUCUGCCGCGCGUGACACAGCUGCCGUGGCGCGGCGGGACGCCAACCCGCCCCCGGCACCUAGCCGCGGCCACAGGCUUGGCCGCGGUGCAGAAUGUGGUGACAGGAGCUCUGCCCGCGACCGCCACCGUCAGCGCGACCGUGACAAUGACCGCAAACGAGAGCGCGACGGCAUCCAUGACUUUGGCCAGGACCGAGCCCUGGACAGGGCCCGAGACCGUGACCGUGACCAGGAGCGGGAGCGCGACCGGGACUGGGACCGUGACCGUGACCGGGACCGGGACCGGGACCGGGACGGGGACCUGGACCGGGACCGCGGCCGAUGCUGUGAUCUGGAGCGGGACCGCGUGCGGCAGUGGAGCCGCAGCAGGGGCAGGAGCAGGAGCAGGAGCCCACACACGGACCGCCAGGACAGGCGCGGCGGCAUCAGGGACCCAGAUGCCAGGGCUGAGCCACUGCCGCUGCCGCUGCCACGCCGUAUGGACAGCCACUUACUUUUUGGUCGCAGCGGCAGGCGGGGGCAUUUUGGUUGGUAGAACCCUCAAGCGGGGAGGCUGCCAAGGAUGGGGCGGUGGUUUUUGGGGCGUACAGGAGCACGUCAGGUUUGCACACAAGUCUUGAGUUCCUUGUCUGCUUGAGUUCCUUGCUUGGGUUGGCUGUACGAGUUUGCAAAGGGUGUGCGGGCCGCUAGAUAGCUGGCGGCGACCUGUUGGCUGGCGCAAUGCCCGCGUAUGUUUAUCUGGGCGCUUCAUUGCCCUAAGCCGAGUCGUCGGGCAGGUUCGAUUUUGUGGCAUGAGAUCCGCCUCACCCUGGUUGGCGAACGCGCUUGAGUGCUGUGCCGCAGUAGGGUGGGCAUACAUAGCACAUUCCGGCUUUACAAAUAGAACACAGGACAGAAGUUUGGCUUUCGAUGCGCUAGUGAAUGAGGCACGGAAGGCAUGGGCGAACCCGGCGGGAGACGGAUGGUGCGCGCGAUUGUUCCGCGACGGUUUGUUGUGUGUGACCUGGGUAUAUUAGCUGGCAACCUGCAUUAUCAGGCGUGUCGUGCCGGUGUACAGCUUCUCAGAUGCUGCUCAUGUCGUGCACAAACGUUCGCUGCUACUGCAUGGGCAGCAGUAGUUUGCGUGUUGUCGUUGAGAACGUUGCUCAGUAUUGCGGUACGUCAUAGUUUUACGUCAGCUUUUGGAACAUGGUACUAUUGUCAUGCUCCUGGAAUUCAUUACCAUACUGUAGUGGGGUAGCUAAAUGGAUGGAAGGCCAGCACUGGUGAGUCCACAUCCGAGUGGGCGGAUGCGGCAGACGCGGCGUUGCAUACCGUAGAUCGUGAUAGCCGGUGAGCCGGGCCGCCCGGGGACAGAUUCCAGAUUUCAAAGUUGGAAUACGGUGGUGAGCCUGGCGUGAGGAGAGUCUGUUGCAAUGUAAUGUUGUGAGUCGCGUACAGUGAUGGCAAAUUUAUGUCGCGUGUGUGGGCAGGAUUCCGGAGACGAGCUGACGAAGCUUGGGAUACAGGGAACGUCCAUGCGGGGGCUGGCUGGUUGAGAGCCCAGCGGUCCGCACGGAGCCAAGGCUUAGGAAGGCUUAGGGCUUCGCAGAGGCUCCAGCACUCCAUGCCCCCUGGCCCCUGCGCUGGGAGGCCCGUGCGCUGGCAGCAGCACGCCAGGCGAUGGGCUGGGCUUUGCGUGGGCCACCCGGCGGCGCUUUCGCCAGUAGUAAGACGUCCC